AUUCCUCUUCUAUCCGAGGCGGUUCUAUGGGGACGAAGCGCAUUGUUUUGAUAGCAAACAUCCCUCGGAAGGUAGCCUAACGCUACACCUUUCCACCGCAGAGCACUGCUUCUAAAAAGGCCCGUCUUGUUGGCCGAGGAGUCAUGGAUGAGCAGACAGGCUCGCCUGGGGCGACGACCGACAACAGCAGCCAGAGAAAUGGAGAAGAGAAGCCCCGGCGCGGCAGCUGGACCAAGGCCAAGCGGAAGAAGCCCCUGAAGGACAGCAACGCCCCCAAGGCGCCGCUCACGGGCUACGUGCGCUUCAUGAACGACCGGCGGGAGCAGCUGCGGGCGGACCGGCCCGACGUGCCCUUCCCGGAGAUCACCCGCAUGCUGGGCAACGAGUGGAGCAAGCUGCCCCCCGAGGACAAGCAGCGUUACCUGGAGGAGGCGGAGCGGGACAAGGAGCGCUACAUGCGGGAGCUGGAGAAGUACCAGAAGACGGAGGCCUACAAGCACUUCACCCGCAAGGUGCAGGAGAAGCAGAAGGGCAAGAGGCACCGGACAGAGGGCGGACACCAGGUCACCAUCGACAACCAUCAUGAGAAGGACGUGGAGGGGAAGGAGAGGUCCGUGUUUGACAUCCCCAUCUUCACAGAAGAGUUCCUCAACCACAGCAAAGCCCGCGAGGCUGAGAUGCGAGGGCUGCGGAAGACCAACAUGGAGUUCGAGGAGCGCAACGCGGCGCUGCAGAAGCACGUGGAGAACAUGCGCGGCGCGGUGGACCGUCUGGAGGGCGACGUCAUGCAGGAGCGCGGCCGCAACGGCCUGCUGCAGCAGCACCUGGACACCCUGCGGCAGGCGCUCGCCGCCAGCUUCUCCUCCGUCCCACUGCCCGGCAGUGGAGAGACCCCCACCCUAGACUCUGUGGACUCCUACAUGAAGAAGCUCCACAGCAUCGUGGUCAGCAACCCCCAGGAGCACGAGGGCCUCAUCAACACUGUCCGGGACGUGGUCAACCGCCUGGACAGAUAAUUGGACCAUUUCACCGAAGUGGAGGUACUUUUGGGAACCAGGAGUAGAGCUGGUAUUUCGUCAUUCUCAUCCUUUUCUUCAGACAUAGUUGUUGUGAUGUAUUUAUUUCAUGCCUAUUACAUUUAAGGUUUGUUGUUUUUAUACGAUUGAAAUUUCCGAACUUGUAAGGGGAUUACACUGUUAUUUUUACUUUGGAGGUUUUGCUUGUCAUGUUGUCUUAAGUGUUUCAAUGUUUUCACUGCAAUAUUUAGCCAUUUUAUCAUAUUAUAUGUUGUGUGCUACGUAAGAACAUUUCUCAGUGGUUUUGUAUUCGACAUAUAAGGAAAACAACAUUUUGUUUAGCUAUUUUCAUGGCCUUUACAAAAAUUAACUCUCUCGUGCCAUGUCUUUUUUUUCAUAUUUGUGGGGGAAAAGAGAAGUUUUUCCAAUAAACACAUUUACAAAAUAC